AUGGAUGCAGAAAUUUUUAGAGAAAAGAUUGCUGGCCCAAUGGUGCUAAGUAGCUUGCGAUCUGUCUUGAAUGAGGUGCAGGUAUUUGGAUUGUACACAGGGGAAGAAUUCCAUGAAACAUUUGAUUGCCCAAUUAAAAUUGUUGCUGUUCACCCUCAGUUUGUGAGAUCGCAUUGUAAACAGUUUGUUACAGGAAGAAACAAAUUAUUGUUAUUUGAAAAGAAUUGGAUGAAUAGAUGGAAGCAUUCUGUUUUACAUGAAGGAGAGGGACCUAUAAGAAAUGUGAAAUGGAGAGGAAACCUGAUUGCUUGGGCCAACAAUAUGGGUGUGAAGAUAUUCGACAUGAUUGCUAAGCAAAGAAUCACCAAUGUGCCCCGAGAUGAUAUAAGCCUUCGUCCUGAUAUGUAUCCCUGCAGCCUUUGCUGGAAAGAUAAUUUAACACUGAUUAUUGGCUGGGGAAAUUCAGUAAAGAUAUGCUCGGUGAAAGAACGUCAUGCCAGUGAAAUGCGGGAUCUACCUAGUCGUUAUGUGGAAAUAGUGUCCCAGUUCAACACUGAAUUUUUUAUCUGUGGGAUUGCACCUCUCUGUGACCAACUUGUCGUACUUUCAUUUGCAAAGGAGAUUUCAGAGAAAAUGGAAAGAGAAUGUUGUGCCCGGCCAAGGCUUGAUAUAAUUCAGCCAUUUCCUGAAUCUUGUGAAGAAAUAUCUUCUGAUGCACUCACAGUAAGAUGCUUCCAAGAAAAUGAAUGCCGAGAUUAUUGUUUAGAAUAUUCAGAAGGUGAAUCACUUUUUUAUAUUGUCAGUCCGAGUGAUGUGGUAGUGGCCAAAGAACGAGAUCAAGAUGAUCACAUUGAAUGGCUCUUGGAGAAAAAGAAAUAUGAAGAAGCUUUGAUGGCAGCUGAGAUCAGUCAGAAAACUAUUAAAAAGCACAAGAUUCAGGAUAUAGGUUUAGCAUAUAUAAACCAUCUAUUAGAAAUUGGAGAUUAUGACCUGGCAGCAAGAAAAUGCCAGAAGAUACUUGGCAAGAACACCAGUUUAUGGGAAUGUGAAGUAUAUAGAUUUAAAGAAAUUGGGCAACUUAAGGCAAUUAGCCACUAUUUGCCAAGACAGGAUUCCAUCCUGAAGCCUUUCAUUUAUGAAAUGGUUCUGCAUGAAUUUCUGGAGAGCGAUUAUGAGGGUUUUGCAACAUUAAUUAAGGAAUGGCCUGGGAAUCUGUACAACAAUCCAGUCAUUGUCCAUGCUGUUUUGGACCAUCUGAAGAAAGAUCCACAGAACAGGACGUUGCUGAAAACUCUAGCAGAGUUGUACACCUAUGACCAGCGCUACAGAAAGGCCCUUGAAAUUUACCUCACACUGAGACAUAAAGAUGUUUUCCAGCUGAUCCACAAACACAAUCUUUUCAGUUCCAUCAGGGACAAAAUUGUUCUACUAAUGGAGUUUGAUUCAGAGAAAGCCGUUGACAUGCUUUUGGAUAAUGAAGAUAAAAUCUCUAUUGAUAAAGUUGUGGAAGAAUUAAAAGAUAGGCCUGAAUUGCAGCAUGUGUAUUUGCAUAAGCUGUUCAAGAGAGAUCAUCAUAAAGGACAAAAGUAUCAUGAAAAACAAAUCAGUCUGUAUGCCGAAUAUGACCGGCAAAAUUUACUCCCUUUUCUGAGAAACAGCACCCAUUGCCCUUUGGAAAAGGCUCUUGAAAUCUGUCAGCAAAGGUUCUUUGUGGAAGAAACUGUUUAUCUUUUGAGUCGAAUGGGCAAUAGUCGAAGUGCCCUGAAAAUGAUCAUGGAAGAUCUGAAUGAUGUAGAUAAAGCUAUUGAGUUUGCUAAGGAGCAAGAUGAUGCCGAACUUUGGGAAGACCUUAUUUUGUAUUCCAUUGACAAACCCCCUUUUAUUACAGGUUUGUUAAACAAUAUUGGGACUCACGUUGACCCUAUUCUCCUGAUUCACCGUAUUAAGGAAGGUAUGGAGAUUCCAAACCUGAGAGAUUCAUUAGUAAAGAUUCUCCAGGAUUACAAUUUGCAGAUUUUGCUUCGGGAAGGGUGUAAGAAGAUUCUUGUGGCUGACUCUCUCUCAUUGUUAAAAAAGAUGCACCGAACACAAAUGCGGGGGGUACUUGUGGAUGAAGAAAAUAUCUGUGAAAUAUGCCUUUCCCCUAUACUGCCUACAGAUGCAUCUAAAUCUUUCAGUGUAACAGUAUUUCAUUGCAGGCAUAUGUUCCACAAAGAAUGUUUUCCUGACCCUAGCACAGAAUCUUCAUUACACUUCUGUAACAUCUGCAGUGCUAAACACCGUGGACCGGGCAGUGCCAUCUUGGAAAUGAAAAAAUAACCUCUGCCAUAUCAAAAGCAUCUGUAUUUGCAUGUGACUCCUUUCAUGUGGGACCACAGAACAAUGCUUCAGAGAGAGAGAGAUAAUUACCUUUGUUUAAGGAUAUGAUAAAAAGACCUCCUUUAAUCCUACAUCUCACUGAUAUUUCCUGUACAAAUUUGAAGUCCUAAGAGCAAAUCCAAAUGAUUGUUGCUGACUCAUUAUUGUUGCACCGCUCAAAUACAGUCAUCUGUAUGUUUGGCUAAACCGACAUUGUAUAACGUAAAGUAAAUCUCAGUGGGAAAAUUCAUAGUGUUGAUACAGUAGGACCACAAACUAAAUCAUGCUCUACAGAAUGCAUUUUGAUUCUAUAUUUAUGAACAGGUACAGAUAUUAGCUAUCUCAUUAGUGCCUACAUUCAACUUUAGUCUCCAUUUAGAUCCUACUCAUCUUUUCUUCUGAGAAUUCAAAACAGUUUCUGAUGGCAGCUAGACAGUCAGUGUUAAGAAAAUUUAAAAUAUCUGCUGAUAUUAGGUGCAGGCAGGUGCCUCUAAGAAGCUUAAAGCCAAAACUCAGGCUCCAGCUUUCACCUUUUGUCACUUGAAAUAAUCUGGUCUUCAGAAUUAUAUAGUAUAUUUAGAGUGUAGGCAAAUUUAUUGUGCUGAUGCAUACAUUUGGAAUCCUGUGGGAAUUCACAAAACUGGUUCAGGAAAUGGCUGGUGUAUUUGCUCUGUUCCAGCCCAUCUCAUAUACUCCCACCAUCAACCCAGCUUAACUUGCUCUGUUUUUUCCUGGGCUGCAGACACACUUUGAAACAAAGCACUGGGUACAACUCAUCAUUUUUUCUAAAAAUGCCUGCAGAGUCCAAAAGCAUUCUCAUAAAUGCAAAUUAUGCUAAUGACUGGCAUUGGCCUCAUGCUAAAUUCCCACUUAGUUUUAAUUUAAAAAAUCUAAAGAAAAGUAAGAUCAGAUGGCAGGCUCCAAAGGAGCUUUGAGGACCCUUAAGCACCAGGUCUACCUGUGAUAAGUUAGGCUUCUCCAACCUGAGUUCCUUCAGAUGUUUUGAGCUACAACUCCUAGCACCACUGACCAUUGAAAGUAUGGGAUGAGGCCGAUCAAAAGUUCUAGUGAUUAGCCAUGAUAGUUACCUUCCAUGAUUUUUUUAAAGUGAGAAUGAUGCUAAGCAUCAAGAAUGUGCAUCUCCUCACCUGUGGCUUUGAACUGUCUAAACGUAUUAGUAAAUUAUGGAACUAUGCAGUAGGAAUGAGGAACUAAGCAAAGUGAGAAAUAAAGGUAAAGGAUAUGUAUCUACUGUACUCCAUAUUUCCAAAUAGUUGUUAUUUCCAUAGUUGUCAAGCAGCCCUACAUGUAUAUAAUUAUCAGGCAAUGGCCCAUUGACAUUUCCCUUAUUGUUUGUCUCUGAAUUGCAGUCAAGAAUUAUAUGAACCAGAGUACUGGGGGGGGGGGCACGAAAUAAGCAAAGAAUAGCUGCUGAUCCUGUGGGUACAGAACAUUCAAAAAGUAACAAUAGACAUGGACAAAGCAAUAGUAGAAAUGGAUACUAGGUUGUUAAAUGAUGUCCAUGUAUUCGCUUGUAAAGUUUUCAAUAAAGGAACGCUUUGAAAUGUAAUUUUAAGGAAUAUAAUUUGUAGACAAGUGCUUGGAACUUAAUAUGGGAUUGAUAGAGAAGCAAGGUACCCUGGGCAGAAAAAAUGUGGGAACAACAUUUUUCACAGUUCACUCUAAAUGCAGCAAGAAGACAAUUGAGCAUGAAGAGCUAUAAAGAGCUCAUCAUUAUUGUAUACAUCUACAAAAUAUGUUGGGGUGUUUGAAAACAUAUAUAUGGGGAAAGGACCAGUUCAGUGAGUGGAGGAGAUGUUUGCAUGCAAAAGAUCCCAGGUCAAUCUGUGGCUUCUUUGGUGAACGGGAUUCCAGGCACCAUGUUAUGAAAUUACAUCUGCCUGUAACCCAGAAGAGUUACAGCUAGAAAAAGAACAGAUAAUACAGGGCUGGUGCAUGAACAGUUUCAUCUGGUAUAAAACAGCUUUCAGUGGUUUUAUAUACUUUAUGGUUGGGUUUUCCCUGCAUGACCAGUUAGCCACAAAUAAUGCCCUGAAUCUAUUUGAUCCAAGUACAGCAGUGAAAUUAAUUAGAUGUCUCUCUGUAUGACUAAAUUAGAUUAAAUGGGUAUUGUGCCUAAUCAGGAGAUCUUAUGGGGUGUUAGGUGGUGUGCAAAACAUGAACCAUUUUAAAUUUGAAACAUCCCAUUUUGAAUAGGAGCUGCCCUAUUUCAAAUGCAAAGCAACUGUUUUUGAGUGGAAAAUAGGUCGUGUUGAGCAUUCUGGAAGUGUUUCAGCCAUGGAGAGAGCCACAUGGGUUGCUGGGUGUGGCUAAUGAUAAAACGUAUUUGCAGAAGUGAUUGAAAUAUUGCUCAUAUAUAUUGCUUGUUCACUGCUGUGUCAAAGUAUGUCCCAAUCUUGUUUGUUUGUUUGUUUGUUUGUUUGUUUUUGUGGGCUUAUACACCACUCCAGUUUUCAACCGACUCCAAGAGGCUUACCAUCCUACCUAUGUAAAUGAAAUUAAAGCAACAAAAAGUAGUAACAACAGACAAUAUAUAUGUAAUAAAUUACAGUUCUCAUUCA